GUGUGCAUUGUGCAUGCGAGCCGCGCGAGGCCACUUCUCUGCCUCUCAAAGGGAGAGGUACCAUCGACUCCUACGAAAGACUUUUUUCAUUGUUCCCUCCGAUUAUUAACACUGUAUUCUGAGCUUUUGCGUCCUCGAGUCUUAGGGUAGAGCUUUUUUCUGCUAUAGCGCUUGUCUGGUUCGCGCAAUCCCCUAAUCUCCUUCUUGGCUCGCCCGUGCGGCAGCCUGCGACACAGUUUCAGUCUCGCCCCUCGAGAGUGGCGAUCGGCAGCCCCCGACUCUCCUCUAACUCUUGAACGACUCGGCCACCCGUCGAAGAGUUCCCAUUGUCGCCGAUUACCAUAUGCCCGCUGUCGCUUGCCCCAACCCCCCACGCUAGUACCGGUGCCUGGCUCAACCAAGGGCUUCGGGCCCUCGACUCCAACACACCAUGAAGCUCUGGUCAGCCGCGGCGCUGCUGGGCCUCACCACUCUCACAGCAGCAUCCCACGUCCUCCCUCGGAACUGGGAUGCAAACGAUUACUACGUGCUCCAUCUCGAUCCAAACACUUCGCCCCACGAGGUAGCUAGGAGCCUGGGCCUUUCACACAGCGGGCCCCUGGGGGAACUGAAGGACCACCAUCUCUUUGUUGCGAAGAAGUCCGACCACGAUGUCGUCAAGCGGGAAAUAGUUGAAAGACGAAGGAGAAGAUCCCUCGGCGAAAGACAUGUCCUGGACGGCGUCUUGUUCUCCGAGAAGCAGAGGUUACGUAAACCGUGGGAGAAGCGCAUCAUACCCGAACGGCGCGCCCCGGUACCGCUGGUCGAUGCUACGAGGGCGGAGAAUAGUCCGGUGCAGUCAGCCGUCGAAACACAACAGGAGGUUGCUCGAGCGCUGCAGAUCAAUGACCCCAUCUUCCACGAACAAUGGCACCUUUUCAACACCGUCCAGCUCGGCCAUGACGUGAAUGUCACGGGGGUGUGGCUGCAAGGAAUCACAGGCAAGAAUGCGACUGUCGCCAUUGUGGAUGACGGCUUGGACAUGUACAGCGACGACCUCAGGCCAAACUACUACGCAGAGGGCUCCUACGACUUCAACGACAAGACGGAUGAGCCGAAACCUCGCCUGUCGGAUGACAGGCACGGAACGCGGUGUGCCGGCGAAGUCUCGGCCGCCAGAAACAACGCCUGCGGUGUGGGUGUGGCUUACGACUCCAGAAUUGCCGGCCUGCGCAUCCUAUCUAAGUUGAUAUCGGAUGCGGAUGAGGCCGUGGCGAUGAACUACGACUUCCAGCAUAACCAGAUCUACUCGUGCUCCUGGGGUCCGCCAGACGAUGGGCGCAGCAUGGACGCACCUGGCAUCCUUAUUCGACGUGCCAUGGUCAACGGCGUGCAGAAUGGCCGCCAGGGCCUGGGUUCCAUUUACGUCUUCGCUAGUGGCAACGGCGCGCAUAACGAAGACAACUGCAAUUUCGACGGCUAUACCAACAGCAUUUACAGCAUUACCGUUGGCGCCAUCGACAGGAAGGGCUUGCACCCAUACUACUCUGAGAAAUGCUCGGCCGGCCUAGUUGUUACGUACUCCAGCGGCAGUGGUGAUGCCAUCCACACUACAGACGUGGGCCAAAAUGUCUGCUCUAACGGCCACGGCGGCACCUCGGCAGCGGCACCUCUCGCUGCCGGCAUCUUCGCUCUCGUGCUCCAGGUACGUCCUGAUUUGUCAUGGCGAGACAUGCAAUACCUCGCCAUGGACACCGCCGUUCCCAUCAAUCUGGACUCCGGAGAUUGGCAGGAUACUACGAUCGGGAAGAAGUUCAGCCACACUUAUGGCUAUGGAAAGCUAGAUAGCUAUGCUAUCGUUGAAGCCGCCAGGACCUGGAAGAAGGUGAAGCCGCAGGCCUGGUUCUACUCCCCCUGGAUCCAUGUCAACCAGGCCAUUCCCCAGGGUGACCAGGGCGUUACCGUCGGGUUUGAGGUCACCAAGGAGAUGCUCAAGGAAGCCAAUCUGGCGCGAGUCGAGCACAUUACCGUUACCAUGAAUGUCGAGCAUGGACGGCGCGGUGAUCUGAGUGUUGAUCUGAUCAGCCCUAGCAAGGUUGUUAGCCACCUUUCUGUCACCCGCAAAUACGACGAUUCCACUGAUGGCUAUGACGACUGGACAUUUAUGAGCGUAGCUCACUGGGGCGAGAGCGGCAUCGGCACCUGGACCAUCAUCGUGAAAGACACCAACGUCAACGCCUUUGACGGCAAGUUCGUCGACUGGCACCUCAAACUCUGGGGCGAAUCUCGCGAUGCGUCCAAGGCCAAGAUCCUCCCCUUGCCCACCGAAGAAGACGACAACGACCAUGCCGUCAUUGCCACCACCACCCUUCCCGCGACUCUAACCACGAUCGCGCCAAAUCCAGGCUCCGCCACCGACUCCGAAAUCGUCGCCGACCCCUCCGACCAUCCCGACAGGCCUGUCAACGCCAAGCCUACAGGUGCCAAGCCAACCGAUGAGCCCGGCAACAGCACCUGGCUCCCGUCGUUCCUGCCCACCUUCGGCGUCUCAGCAGCCACCCAGGCCUGGAUCUACGGCUCGCUGGUGCUCAUCGUCCUCUUCUGCUCUGGGCUGGGCAUCUACUUCUACAUCGCCCGCCGCAAGCGCCUGCGCAACAUCCCGCGUAACGAGUACGAGUUUGAGCUGCUCGACGACGAGGAAGCCGAGGGUCUGGCUGGCAGCGAGAAGGUGGCCGCCGGGAAAGGCGGCCAAGGCGCCGCCGGCAGGAGGACGACGCGCGGAGGCGAGCUGUACGAUGCUUUUGCCGGGGGAAGCGAUGACGAGGACGAGGACGACGAGGAUGAUUUUGGAGAUGUAGUGCGCGCGGGAGGAGCACAGUACCGCGACCGGUCCGGGUCUGGGUCUGAGUCAGGGAGUGGUUCGGCUAUUGCGGUCAGUGAGAAGCUGCCUGGUAGGAGGAGAGAGAGUGAGGAGUCGGAGGAGCAUCACGUUGUCGGGGACGAUGACGAUGAGGAGGACGGCGACGACGACGAUGAAGAGGAAGAUGAUGAUCGCCGGCACGAGGCGAGGCCGUUGCAGGGUGGGAGCCGGUAG